UAAAGGGAGAGGGAGGGAGACGGUCAUGCUUUGUGGUGGUAGCUCCUGACAGCGUGACUAAAUGGAUAUACAUCACAGAAAAACAUUUGAUUUUGAAGAACAUGUUAAUCUGAGUUUAAACUCGGGAGAAUUUGGUGAUGGAUCCAGAUCGGCCUCCUCUUCUGCGGUGGAAUCGCUGCCGGAGGAGGGUAGGGGAGGGGACUCGCCAUCGGAGUCUGUGAGGGGGACAACUUGGUACAUCGCACCCAGUCUCACAGAGGUGGACUCUGCUGCCAACGAAGCACAUGAUCAGUUUGCAGGGUUAGAUCUCACUACUAUUUUACAAGCUGUUGUGUUUAUUGAAGAUGCUUACAAGUACCGCUCAAUAUGCCACAAGUUGGAGAUACCUGUUCUCCACCUGUACCGAAGUUAUCUCUCCACACCUGUCGAGAUAUUCCGCUAUAUUGUGAUAUUUGUACUACAUAUUCUGGUGAUAUUUGAAUAUCCGUCCUCACUGACUAUGACUUCUGAUAUCCGAUUCCGAGGGAACCGUAUUGCUGUACCCUGCUGGCUGACGGAAGGCAUUGAGGUCCUGUGCCUCCUGCUCCUGUUGGCCGACACAAUCAUCAGGGGCUAUGUGAUGGGCAAGUACUACUUCUGGAGACACAAGUGGCUAGUGGCUGGCUCUAUCAUCAUCGCGAUAUCCCUCUUGGACUGGUCCGUGUCCGUAGCUCUUGGAUGCCAUGAGUACAUUCGGUUCCGGAGAAUACUGCGACCAUUCUUCUUACUGCAGAACUCUACCAUCAUGAAGAAGACUGUCAACUGUUUGAGGAGAACCCUACCAGAAGUGGCCAGUGUACUGGCUCUGCUUGGGCUCCACAUCUAUCUGUUCACGUUGUUCGGGAUGCUGCUGUUUCCGAAAAUUGAGGUGAGCUAUAUGCUGGGGACACUGUCCAUCCCGAAAUAUAACACUGCUGAUCCUCUGUACAAAUUGUCAAAAACACAAGAGUCGAAGUAUUUCCGCACGCUACUGGAUUCCUUCAUGAGUCUACUGGUUCUACUGACCACAGCCAACAACCCAGAUGUUACGAUGCCAGCCUACCAGAACAACCGACUGUAUUCGCUGUUCUUCAUCCUGUUCCUGGUGAUCGGCCUCUACUGCUUCAUGAACAUGCUGACAGCCGUCAUCUACAACCAGUUCCGUGGCUACUUCCUGAAUUCCAUGCAAGCAAGUUUUUUCCGACGACGGCUUGGAGUGAGAGCUGCGUUUGAAGUCUUGAGACGGCGAAAACUCUGUUUCCGUCACAAUUCCUGUCUCCCAUCUGUAGGCAUUGAGGUGGGGGCACCUGUUGUGAAAGCUGUCGUACAGAGAGCCUUCCUGUCCAAGUCCGUCAAACAAGCUCUCCUUCAGGAGCUGAUGCAGAACCCCCAGGGUACAUACUCCGCCACCGAGUUCCAGACACUGUUUGAGGAGCUGGAGAGGGAGCACAGGAAGGAUAAGAGGCCGGAUGUACACUGGUAUGAAAAUCCAAUACUGAGAAGGAUACAGAGGGUGUUUGUCCACAACUAUUUCUCCUACUUCGGAAGUGUCAUCGCCGUCGCUAACGUCAUUGUCAUCUCUAUACAGCUUGCCACACGCUAUGGCGAGUCCAUCAGCUCCAGUCAUUCCUUGUUGAGGGUGACCAACUUCACAUUUGUCAUCUACUACUUUGUGGAACAGACUCUGAAAGUGUGGGCGACGGGUCCGCGGCGCUACAUAUAUUACUACACCAAUAUCUUUGAUGCCCUCAUCACCCUGGCUUUGGUGGUAGGAGAGAUAUUUACGGGAGUAGAGUAUGGAUUUCCCUACUCGUCCAGCACCUCGACACAUGCCACCACAUCCAAGCUGUGGAACACCGUGCGCUUCAUCAACAUCCUCAUCAUGGUCAGGCUCUUCCGCAUCAUCCCCCACAUCAAGGCCACAUCUGUGAUAGCAAGCACCCUCAUAGACCUGGUGAAGAACCUCAAGGCCUUUGCCGGUAUCCUUGUGGUGAUCUACUACUCCUUCGCUAUAGUUGGCAUGGAACUGUUCCACGAUGUCAUCAAGUACCAGCCAAUGAGUGCCAACAAGAAUGACACCAACAGCUCCAGCUUUCAUUGUGGCUCCUACCAGCAGCUGGAGUACUGGGCCAACAACUUCGAUGACUUUGCCGCGUCUGUGGUGGUGUUGUGGGACAUCAUGGUGGUGAAUAACUGGAUGGUGUUCCUUGCUGCAUUCAAACAAGCAACAUCUGCGUGGGCCUACCUGUUCUUUAUAGCCUGGUGGCUGCUGACCGUGGUCAUUGUUCUCAACCUGUUCACAGCUCUAAUCCUGGAGAACUUCAUCAUGAAGUGGGACAAGAUCCUGCACACCUCCCGUGAUCGCUCCGAAUCCGGACACGUUGAAGAGGCCAGUCACCUCAUGUCUGUACACGAAAUGUUCCGUGGUCUGCUACAAGAACCAGCUGAGAAUGAACUCCUUGUAGAGCUGACUUCUCACAGAUAUCUCCAGCUGGACAGAUGACAACCAGCGGGUGAUGCUUCUGAAGG